AGCACUCUAUACCAGUGUCUCCAUUUUUUUAAUUAAAGUAGGGCAUUAUAGAGUUUCUAGGCCUUUUAAAAUCAGUUUAAUACUUUUUAAAAACAGGGCGAGUAUGGGAUAUUUCAUAUGAAAUCACAUACAAUGAACAGUUAUUCCACGGAAUCGAGUCGUACAUGGCUGGAAGAUUUUAUAGACGUUUUAUAUGGAGCUACUGAAGCUUCCUCUCUACAGGUCACGUGACAACGUCAUUUCAAGCGAGCUUCCGGAACACUGACUUUCUCAACAGCGUUCAUGAACUCGAGACGUCGAAAGAGGAGUCUUCUGAUUUGAAUAACUGGUGUCUGUUAUUCUCACUGGUAUCUUGUAUUUGUAACUGAGAUGGUUAAUUACAGCUAGCUUUAAGCAGCCUGGGCCUGGACGCUGGACAUCUUUGACACUGCUUAGAAUGUGUCUGUAACGGUUCAGUGUUCGUGGGUGGAGCACAGAGGACGGCAGGACAGAGAUCAGGAAUGAGAACAACACCUGACAGCCUCCUCAUUUUUGUGUUCACUUUCCUACAAACAAAUAUCAAAUUUAACUUGGUCACACAAGCACAGCAAGAGCUGCCACUAUGAUGAAAUCAGAGGAGAUUAAAAAUGAGACUGUACCUGUGAGAAUCUUCAGGGGCCAAGAGAUUUCAUCUGGAAUUCACGACAUUAACACCACGUGGAGAGAAGUGAAGCCGGAAAUGUACCAGUGUUCUCAGUGGGAGGAGAGUUUUAGUGAUAUGGGAAAUCCCGAAAUGCACCAUUGCGUUCAUACAGGAGAGAAGCUGCAUAACUGCACAGUGUGUGGAAAGAGUUUUACUGAGCGAGGAAAUCUUGUGAGACACAAGCGCAUUCACACAGGAGAGAAGCCGUAUCACUGCUCACAGUGUGGAAAAAGAUUUAGUGAUGGAGGAACUCUCAAAAGACACCAGCGUGUUCACACAGGAGAGAAGCCGCAUCACUGCUCAGAGUGCGGGUCAAGUUUUAGUAGAGCAGGAGCUCUCAAAAGACACCAGCGCAUUCACACAGGAAAGAAACCAUAUCCCUGCUCACAGUGUGGAAAAAGCUUUAGUGAUAGAGCAACUCUCAAAACGCACCAGCGCAUUCACACAGGAGAGAAGCCAUAUCACUGCUCAGAGUGUGGGAAGAGUUUUACUGAGAGAGGAAAUCUUGUGAAACACAAGCGCAUUCACACAGGAGAGAAGCCAUUUCACUGCUCAGAGUGUGGAAAAAGCUUUACUGAUAGAGGAACUCUCAAAAAACACCAGCGCAUUCACACAGGAGAAAAGCCGUAUCACUGCUCACAGUGUGGGUCAAGUUUUCGUGGAGCAGGAACUUUAAGAAGACACCAGCGCAUUCACACAGGAGAGAAGCCGUAUCACUGCUCACAGUGUGGAAAAAGCUUUAGUGACGGAGGAACUCUCAAAACACACCAGCGCAUUCACACGGGAGAGAAGCCGUAUCACUGCUCACAGUGUGGGAAACGCUUUAGUGAUGGAGGAACUCUCAAAAUACACCAGCGCAUUCACACGGGAGUGAAGCCGUAUCACUGCUCAUGGUGUGGAAAAAGCUUCGGUGAUGGAGGAACUCUCAAAAAACACCAGCGCAUUCACACGGGAGUGAGGCCAUAUCACUGCUCAUGGUGUGGAAGAAGCUUUAGUGAUGGAGGAACUCUCAAAAAACACCAACGCGUUCACACAGGAGAGAAGCCGUAUCACUGCUCUCAGUGUGGAAGAAGCUUUAAGGUUAAAGGCACUCUCCGAGCACACCAGCGUAUUCACACAGGAGAAAAGCCCUAUUACUGCACAGAGUGUGGAAUGAUUUUUUCGCAAAAGGCUACUCUAAAAACACAUCAGCGCAUUCACACAGGAGAGAAACCGUAUCACUGCUCACAGUGUGGACUGAGCUUUGCUUAUUUAAAUCGACACCAGCGCAUUCACACAGGAGAGAAGCCGUAUCACUGCUCGCAUUGUGGGAAGAGUUUUACCCGAGAGGACACCCUGCAACAGCACCAACGCCUUCACACGGGAGAGAAGCCAUAUCACUGCUCAGAAUGUGGGAUGAGUUUUACACAGCAGAGUACUUUCCAUCUACACCAGCGUGUUCACACUGGAGUGAAGCCCUAUGAGUGCUUACAGUGCGGGAAGAGCUUUAGGCGGCAGGAUACUCUCCAGCAACAUCAGCGCAUCCACACUGGCGAGAAGCCGUAUCACUGCUCAGAGUGUGGGAAGAGUUUCAGACAGCAGAGUCAUCUCCAGCUACACCAGCGCAUUCACACAGGAGAAAAGCCGUAUCAGUGCUUAUAUUGUGGGAAGAGCUUUAGUGAUGGUGGAAAUCUCAAAACGCACCAGUACAUUCAUACAGGAGAGAAGCCGUAUCAUUGUUCACAUUGUGGACUGAGCUUCACUUAUUCAAGUGUAUUUAAGACUCACAAGUGUAUUACACCACAGGAAUCACACCUGAAUCUGUCAAGUCAAGAAAUAUAAUUAUUACUGUCUUAUGGUUAAUACGAUUUUGCUCUUUUGAAUUUCAUAUUGCUCUAGUUUGGAUUAGAUAUUUUAAUCCUAGCUUGUUGAUAUGAUAGUGUAAGAGCAUUAAUUGUGAAUAUGCUUUCUGGUCAGUGUUGUAGUCGAGUCACUAAACCUCGAGGCCGAGUCCAGUCUCGAAUCCCCAAUGUUCAAGUCAUUAAAGAAAAUUCAGAAUCCGA